AUGUCUCUCGUGCCUCCUGCAAAAGGCUCGCUGCCCGCCCAGAAGACCACCGAGAUUCGACGCCAGGGCCAACCAGAGUACGAACUGUCCCAGUGUGUCGAGACCAAGACCGUCACCACCACCACAACCACCAAGAGGUCGUAUCCUCCCCUCUUCAUCCGACAGCCCAGGCCCCUCGAGACCCUCGACGUCAAGGAGUACCCCCUUGCCCAGGGCCCUACCCCGCCAGACCUGAGAAAGUUCACCCUUGAUCUGUCCGAGAACGACGACGAAUUCGCAUGGUCUUUCAGCGAACCCUCGUUCACCUCGGGAGAACCCCAGUCCAAGCCCCUCGAAAUCGAGGACAGUGUCAAGUCCAACUCCGAACGUGGCACCCCCGCGCCUGAACCGCAACGGCAAGCCCCCAAAUCCUCCGCCGAGUCGCAGCCUCGCAAAUCCCGCCGACAUGCGUCUGCAAACCAGAACGCGUCUAGCAGGUCUUCCCAGAGGUCGUCCCGCAGCCAUGCGGCCUCGUCAGUCUCAGACAGGCUCCGGAGGGCCGUUUCCCACGGUGCCAGGGAGAGAACCACUCGACAGUCAUCCUCGCUGUACCUAGCCACCCCGGACAGAUCCGAAGUCACGGCCGCGAGCGAGGUGCCCCAGAGAUUGAGGCCCCUGCACGCCGACCCAACUUCAGGCCCUGGCCAAAGCCAGUGCGCUUAUGAGGCGGCAAGCCCAGCCGGCAGUGAAUCCCAGACAGUGUUCAGCAGCAACGUCGCUACUCCUCCCAUCACCGACGCCGACGUCGAGCCCUUUGCCGAGUCCCUGGACGAUAUCUCACAGCCCCGGCCCUCCAUUACCGUUGCAGAUCCGGAUGCCAGUCUGCCUAGUCCUAGAUUGUCUCCCACCCUGGCCGCCGCACAGCUGCACACAUCUGAUCCCCAGGAGGAUGAGGUUGAUGAAGACGACGAGGGCUCGAGCUUCUCGCGGAGCCUGACCAGGUCCUCCCGGCGACGAUGGCUUGAUGAAAGCCAGGAGCAGGAGUCCCAGUCUACGCUAGGCCUGGAUAUGGCUGAUAUGGACUUGGUGGCCGAUGGAUCCUCUCCCACCCAACGCGACCGCCACGCCUUCGAACGCGCCGUCGGCCUCCUCGAUACCCGCUCUAUGCUCGAGUCCUUCGACUCCAUGCCCAACGACAUGAAGACCUUCAUGAUGUACCAGUUCCUGCGCAGAUGCCCUAGGAAGACGCUGCACAUGGUUGCAGACGUCGUCAACCCUGCACUCAAGUGCGAUUUCCUGAAGCAACUACCCACCGAGCUCGGCCUGCACGUGCUGUCUUUUCUCGACCACCGGGAUCUCUGCCGCGCGGCACAGGUCUCCAAGCACUGGCGGACCAUGAUCGACAGUAACGAGACUGGAUGGAAGGAGCUGUUUGACCGAGAUGGGUUCCAGCUCUCGCCCGGCGAGCUGAGAAAGGCCAUCACCCAGGGCUGGGGCUGGCAGGAUCCGGAGGGCGCCGAGGGCGCGGAGCUCGACCUGAGCCUACAAAACCGCCUGACUUCGACCGAGGCUGAGCUGCGGUCGCCCAAGCCCGAGAUGCCAAAGCUGCGCAGCUCGAAGCGGAAGCGUGGGGUGCACAACUACGCCAAUCUCGAACGGAGCAAGCGACGAGUCAGUCUGCAGGAGUCCCUCAAGGAGGACGCCCCGUUGUCCCCGCCCAAGUUCAAGGCCGAGGGCCCCAUCUCGGCGGCCAACGAGGCGGUGCUGUCUGUCCCCGACCCCCAGAUUGGUCUGCCUACCCUCCGGAGACUGCACCUCUUCAAGUCCCUGUACCGUCGGCACUACAUGAUCCGCCAGAGCUGGACGAGCGGGAAGGUCAAGCCUGGACAUGUCGCCUUUGCGGCGCAUCCCCGCCACGUCAUCACGUGUUUGCAGUUUGACGACGACAAGAUCAUCACCGGGAGCGACGACACUCUCAUCCACGUGUACGACACAAAGACCGGCAAGCUGCGGAAGAAGCUCGAAGGCCACGAGGGCGGGGUGUGGGCGCUGCAGUAUGAGGGAAACACGCUGGUGUCCGGUAGCACCGAUCGGUCGGUCCGUGUUUGGGACAUAGAGAAGGGCAUGUGCUCGCAGGUCUUUUACGGGCACACCUCAACUGUUCGUUGUCUACAGAUCCUCAUGCCCACUGACACCGGCAAGGUCGGUCUGGAUGGCGAGCCUGUGAUGAUGCCACCGAAUCCGCUCAUCAUCACCGGGUCCCGAGACAGCCAGCUGCGAGUAUGGAGGCUGCCCGAGGCAGGAUCCCGACGAUAUAUACAGACAGGGCCUCCCGCCAAUGACGCCGAGUGCCCGUACUUUGUCAGGAUCCUGAGCGGCCACACGCACUCGGUCCGCUCCAUCGCCGCCCACGGUGACGUCCUCGUCUCUGGUAGCUACGACGCAACCGUCCGCGUGUGGCGCAUCAGCACGGGCGAGGCCCUCCACGUGCUGCACGGCCACACGCAAAAGGUCUAUAGUGUUGUGCUUGACCACAAGCGCAACCGCUGCAUCUCGGGAUCUAUGGACUCCUUUGUCAAGAUCUGGGACCUCGACACGGGCGCCUGCCUGCACAGCCUCGAGGGUCACACCCUCCUCGUCGGGCUGCUCGACCUGCGCGACGAGCUCCUCGUCUCGGCCGCCGCCGACAGCACUCUGCGCAUCUGGAACCCGGACUCGGGCAAGUGUAAGCACACGCUGAGCGCGCAUACUGGCGCCAUCACGUGCUUCCAGCACGACGGGCGCAAGGUGAUCUCGGGCAGCGAGAAGACGGUCAAGAUGUGGGACGUUCAGACGGGUGACCACAUCCAGGACCUGCUCACCGACCUGGGCGGCGUGUGGCAGGUGAAAUUUGACGAGCGGCGGUGUGUUGCUGCUGUGCAGAGGGACAACCUGACAUAUGUUGAGAUCCUUGACUUUGGCGCCGUCCGCGACGGCAAGCCACCGGAGGAGCUGGGCAAGCGCAUUCUGCUUAACGGGCCAGAGGUGCAGCGCCUGAUCGAGGAGGAGGUCUGA